GACCACAACGUCAACGCCACUUUGCAGAGAAAACGAAAAAAAAGUCCAGCUCCACAGCCAUUUCUGUCACACCCUGCAGGCUUUGGCAAAAAGUGGCCCAUUUUUGCGCUGGAAAGUGAACGGAAACAUCACCAAAGUGCAGUUUAAGUGGCGUGCGUCGUGCUGAAAGUGGAUUUGACCGGAAUCGGUUCCGGGAUCGUGCAGGAAUCUUGCGUUGAAAAGUGGGUUUUCGGGGUAGCCAACUUCUUCUUUUUCUUGGGGUGGUGAGUGACUGCGGGUCCACACUCCAGCAGCGCAGAAAUCCGUCGUCCGUGGCACAAAGUGUGGCAGUGUGUUGGUGUUGACAAGCGAGAGACAGCAGCAGUAGGCGAGCUCAGUUGCAUCAACACAACGGAACUCCGACGGGGGUGACUCAUCUGUGACUACUCUUCCGUGCGAGACAGCUCCGACGAAGACGACGGCGGCCAUGGGAACCUUGGACUUUGGCCAGGUGGCCCUCAAGUGGGACCCGAAGAACCUGGAGAUCCGGACGAUGUCGGUGGAGAAGACGCUGGAGCCGCUGGUGCUGCAGGUCACGACCCUGGUCAACACAAAGGGUCCCAGCAAGAAGAAGAAGGGCAAAUCCAAGCGCGCCAGCGCCCUCGUUGCAGCCGUCGAGAAGGCCACCGACAUCUUCAUCGAGCGGGGCGAGCAGAUCGCGUACGAAAACCCGGACAUUACGCAGGAGAUGCUGUCGGCGGUUGACGAGGUGCGCAAGACCGGUUCGGCGAUGUCGAUCGCAGCGCGCGAGUUCUCCGAGGAUCCGUGCAGCUCCCUGAAGCGUGGAAACAUGGUGCGUGCGGCGCGCAAUCUGCUCUCCGCCGUGACGCGGCUGCUCAUCCUGGCGGACAUGGUGGAUGUGCACUUGCUGCUCAAGUCGCUGCACGUCGUCGAGGACGAUUUGGAUAAGCUGCGCAACGCCAGCUCGCAGGACGAGCUGAUGAACAAUAUGCGCCAGUUUGGUCGCAAUGCCAACGAGCUGAUCAAGCAGGCUGCCAAGCGCCAACAGGAACUUAAAGAUCCCCAGCUGCGGGACGACCUGGCCGCGGCCCGUGCCGUGCUGAAGAAACAUUCCACGAUGUUGCUGACGGCGUCCAAGGUGUACGUGCGCCACCCGGAGCUCGACCUGGCCAAGGUCAACCGGGACCACAUCCUGAAGCAGGUCUGCGAAGCGGUCAACACGAUCAGCGAUGUGGCCCAGGGCAAGGCCACCUCGCCGCAGGACAUUUACGUGGGCGCCGGCGAGCUGGCCGCCGCUCUGGACGACUUUGACGAGGGCAUCAUCAUGGAUCCGCUGGCGUACAACGAGGUCCGCUCGCGACCCUCGCUCGAGGAACGGCUGGAGAGUAUCAUCAGUGCGGCGGCGCUGAUGGCCGACGCGGACUGUACGCGGGACGAGCGCCGCGAGCGGAUCGUUGCCGAGUGCAAUGCCGUUCGGCAAGCGCUGCAAGAUCUGCUGUCUGAGUACAUGUCCAACGUGAGUAGAACUCCGAUGGGCACCAAGGAGCGCACGCCGGAGCUGGAGCGUGCCAUCGGCCAGAUGUACCGCAAAACCAAGGACCUGCGCCGGCAGCUGCGCAAGGCCGUCGUCGACCACGUGUCGGACUCGUUCCUCGAGACGAACAUGCCCCUGCUGGAUCUGAUCGAUGCGGCCCGUUCCGGUAACGAGAAGAAGGUCCACGAGCGGGCCGAAACGUUCACGAAGCACGCCGAAAAGCUCGUCGAGGUGGCCAAUCUGGUGUGCAGCAUGUCGAACAACGAGGACGGCGUCAAGAUGGUCCGUUACGCCGCCGCUCAGAUCGAAACGCUCUGUCCGCAGGUCAUCAACGCGGCGUUGAUUCUGUGCGCCCGCCCCAACUCGAAGGUCGCCCAGGAGAACAUGGAAGCGUACCGGCUGGCCUGGGAGAACCAGGUGCGGAUCCUGACGGAGGCCGUCGACGACAUCACCACGAUCGAUGACUUCCUGGCCGUUUCGGAGAACCACAUCCUCGAGGACGUCAACAAGUGCGUGCUGGCGCUGCAGGAAGGCGACGCGCUGGACCUGCGAAACACCGCCGGGGCCAUCCAGGGCCGGUCGGCGCGCGUCUGCAACGUCGUCGAGGCCGAGAUGGACAACUACGAGCCGUGCAUCUACACGAAGCGCGUCCUGGAGGCAGUCAAGGUGCUGCGCGACCAGGUCAUGUCCAAGUUUGCGCAGCGCGUUGACGUCGCCGUUGACGCGCUGUCCUCGAACUCGGCCAAGGACGUCGACGAGAACGACUUUAUCGACGCGAGCCGGCUCGUGUACGACGGAGUGCGCGAGAUUCGCCGCGCCGUGCUGAUGAACAGGAGCUCGGACGAGCUGGACACGGAUACAGAGUUUGAACCCGUUGAAGAUAUGACCGUAGAAACGAGAAGUAGAUCGAGUGCCCACACCGGCGAUCAGACCAUCGACGAAUAUCCGGACAUUAGUGGAAUCACAACGGCUAGGGAAGCGAUGCGAAAGAUGAACGAGGAGGACAAGCAGAAGAUCAUGCAGCAGGUCGAGCUGUUCCGGCGGGAGAAGCUCACGUUCGACUCGGAGGUGGCCAAGUGGGACGACACCGGCAACGACAUAAUCUACCUGGCCAAGCACAUGUGCAUGAUCAUGAUGGAAAUGACGGACUUUACGCGUGGACGCGGCCCGCUCAAGACCACCAUGGACGUGAUCAACGCGGCCAAGAAGAUCUCCGAGGCGGGCACCAAGCUGGACAAGCUGACGCGCGAGAUCGCCGACCAGUGCCCGGAGAGCUCCACCAAGAAGGAUCUGCUGGCGUACCUGCAGCGUAUCGCGCUCUACUGCCACCAGAUCCAGAUCACCUCGAAGGUCAAGGCCGACGUGCAAAACAUCAGUGGUGAACUGAUCGUGUCAGGGGUAAUUCUCGACAGUGCCACCUCGCUCAUCCAGGCCGCUAAAAAUUUGAUGAACGCCGUGGUCUACACGGUUAAGUACUCUUACGUCGCAUCCACCAAAUACACCCGCCAGGGUACCGUCUCGAACUACUCGCCGAUCGUGGUGUGGAAGAUGAAGGCGCCGGAGAAGAAGCCGCUGGUGCGCCCGGAGAAGCCGGAAGAGGUUCGCGCCAAGGUGAGGCGCGCCUCGCAGAAGAAAACUCAGAAUCCCGUACACGCUCUCUCGGAGUUCCAGAGCCCGACCGAUGCGGUCUAAGGAGACUAGGGGUCGGCGGCGAACUCCGCAAUAUUCCGACAAUUUAUGCUAUAAGAUCAUCCAAAAUCAUCAUCCUAAACAGAUUGCAAAAGUUGUUGAGGAAGGAAGUCUAUUGCGUGCGCGAUUUGCUUCCGAAACAAAGCUGGAAGUGCGCAAACAUUUUUUUAUCGGAAAAGCAGCAGAACAGUCAGAUGAAAGGAAAUUUAUUCCAAAUAAUUUUUUAUUUAUUUUUAUAACGUAUAUUUUUUUAAUGCGACGAAACUGAACGGACUAAAAGCGAGCAGCACGCGAAAAAAAAAGUAUCGAUUAAAAUUAGGGUUGUGUAUUGAAAGAUUUGUAGAAUGUUUGGAACUUCAAAAACUCGAUUGAAGACAACUUUUAAUAUUUUUAAAAAUAUUUUUCAUCGCGAGCUUAUAUUUAUUUUACACACUUUAUAUUGAGUAUAACUUUUUUAUAUUCUCACACAAAUAAAUGGUGUUAAUCAGUAUUCUAAAAAAUAAAACAAAUAUAUUCCAAGAAAAAAAGAUCAAACAAAUAUUCACUGAUACAAAUAAACGAGAAUCUUUCAAAUUGAAGCAUUUUAAUGUUAAAACUUGCCCGAAUUUAUCGCCAAAAUAACAGAGGAUAGACUACAUUUGAAUAAAGUUUCCAAAAAAUAGACAGAUAUAAAAAAAAAAACAAAAGACAUAAACGCGAAAGUCAGCGCGAUAGCUCAACCACAAGCACAGACAAACAGACAUGAAAGCUAGAACAAUUUUUUGUUCAAAAAGUGGGACCAGUUUAAAUUUGAAUUUCGUUUGCCCACUAACGACAUCUAUCUACGAUUCCUUGAACCUCUGUCUCCCCAAUGACAGCAGGACAUGCGAUGUAUGUAUGAGUAUAUGUUGACAGAUAACCAACAUCCAAAGCAAUCAUAAACAAAUCGAAAAUGCAUAAGGACAGAAAAAAUGGUUAGCUCCGUUUCGACGGAAAUUCCCCAUUUUGCUGUUCAGAAGCCCGACGGAAAAUCGCGGCUGCAAGGUCAGUUUGUUCCUUUCGUCAUUGGCUAAGUAAACUCCUCCAAUAAAAGCAUGUGCCGUGCCGCGGACAACACCGGAUCGGAUCGAUCAUAACGAAGACAAUGCAGUUGGUUCCGUUGAAUGAGCGGAGCCGCGGGGUGGUUCCGUUCUGUCGUGCUCAGGUGGACUAGGCUGCGCCUGUCUUUGCGGAGUGACUGUUUGCCUGCACAGCCUCGAUCUCCCCGUUGCCACGGUCAUACUGACGAGGUGGAAGAGCGGCCAACGACUUGCACGCAUUGAAUCUACCUCGAUGAACGCGAUGCCCUGAAAAAAAUCUGACCUAGUAGCUAGGAUAUUCCGUUGGGUGCUUGAACAAGUCGCAGUGCAUCCUUCAAUUCAUCCUAGGGCAGUCAUCAGCUCAGUAUUCGGGAACAAACCAAGUGGCGCUGGAAACUCUAUCCACCGAGAGAUGGGUGGGGUGGGGUCCUCCACCUCGCCAAAAUCAACGUGGCAACAAGCGCGCCAAAGACAACGCUGCGCAGCUGGUUUCAAGCUCUCCGCCUGCACCGGCCACCGGUGCUUGAACAAGUCGCAGUGCAUCCUUCAAUUCAUCCUAGGGCAGUCAUCAGCUCAGUAUUCGGGAACAAACCAAGUGGCGCUGGAAACUCUAUCCACCGAGAGAUGGGUGGGGUGGGGUCCUCCACCUCGCCAAAAUCAACGUGGCAACAAGCGCGCCAAAGACAACGCUGCGCAGCUGGUUUCAAGCUCUCCGCCUGCACCGGCCACAAAGAAACUGCACCGAUGAAACCGCCCGCCCAAACAACCCAAUCCACCGGAGAAACAGGCACGGCCGCACGGAACCACUUAGCAACUCCGCUCACUCAGCGGAACCUUCGUUGUGAUAGAACCCACGGGAAGCCCCAGAAAAACGACUUCGAUCCGUAGAUUUUCAAAAAUACGGUGGAUAACUCUACGCGUUGUCGUCUUGUCGGCAACCAAAACAAAAUAAAAAUGAAAGCUCAAAGCUGUCAUUUCGAAGAACGGUCGCUGAGCACAAAGGCGCCUCUGGUGGUGAAACCGGAAAGCAAUUACCAUGCUUUUCAAAUUUUUGAAAAAUGACCGUUACAUUCUUGGGACAAGUUAGUGACCUCGACUUUCAUGUCUGUUUGUCUGUGCCACAAGUCAAUCACUAGGCCACGCGGUUGGGCCACAAGCUCGACAGCUAGAGAGGGUCGGCAGCAGAUUUAAAAGGAGUAAUGAAGGUAAAUAGUGUUACGGUGUUACAAAGUCUCACAAAAGAAAAAAAAAUACAAACGAAAUCUGAUUUUAAUUCGCACACAUACUGCACGCAAAGAAACAUGCAAAUAUUCUAUAACCAACUAUCGUGUAAUAAAUGGAAAAGUGUAGUUGAA